CAUAAACCACUGGUUGUCGAAAGGCAUUGUGGGAGGUUAUGCCGGUGUGAAGCUUCUCGAAGGAACCGCAAAGAUGAUGCCCGCAUCGGUUAUUCUGCUGAAAGAAGGGACAGACACGUCUCAGGGGAUCCCCCAACUAGUUAGCAACAUCAAUGCCUGUCAGGUUAUAUCUGAGGCUGUCCGAACCACACUUGGGCCCAGGGGGAUGGACAAGCUGAUGGUUGACAGCAGGGGUAAGGCAACAAUCUCCAACGAUGGUGCCACUAUUCUGAAGCUGUUGGAUGUUGUUCAUCCCGCUGCAAAGACCCUAGUGGACAUCGCUCGCUCCCAGGAUGCUGAGGUGGGGGAUGGCACCACCUCAGUCACUCUGCUGGCAGCUGAGUUCUUGAAGCAGCUUAAGCCGUAUGUGGAGGAGGGCCUCCAUCCUCAGAUCAUCAUCAGAGCUUUCCGGACUGCCACCAACCUUGCCGUCAACAAGAUCAAGGAAAUUGCUGUGCCUGUAAAGAAAGACGACAAACAGGAACAGCGACAACUGCUGGAGAAGUGUGCAGCCACAGCCAUGAACUCCAAAUUAAUUGCUGGCCAAAAGGACUUCUUCUCCAAGAUGGUGGUGGACGCUGUCAUGUCUCUGGAUGAGUUGCUCUCCCUUAAGAUGAUUGGCAUCAAGAAGGUCCAGGGAGGCGGUCUUGAGGACUCGCAACUCAUUUCAGGCGUGGCCUUCAAGAAGACCUUUUCCUAUGCCGGGUUUGAGAUGCAGCCUAAAUGCUAUGAGAAUCCAAAAAUUGCUCUGCUCAACAUUGAGCUGGAGCUGAAGGCUGAGAAGGAUAACGCAGAGGUCCGAGUCAAAUCUGUGCAGGAUUACCAGGCCAUCGUAGAUGCGGAGUGGAACAUCUUGUAUGAUAAACUAGAGAAAAUCUAUCAGUCUGGCGCUAAAGUGGUUUUGUCCAAGCUGCCCAUUGGAGACGUGGCCACACAGUACUUUGCUGACAGAGAUCUUUUCUGUGCGGGCCGUGUCCAGGAGGAAGACCUGAGGAGGACAAUGAUGGCCUGUGGAGGCUCGAUCCAGACCUCAGUUGGUGCUUUGACUGAUGAUGUUCUGGGUCAGUGCGAAGUCUUUGAGGAGGUGCAAGUGGGAGGAGAGAGGUACAACUUCUUCAAGGGCUGCCCCAAAGCAAAGACAUGCACCAUCAUCCUGAGGGGUGGAGCUGAGCAGUUCACAGAGGAAACAGAGCGUUCACUUCAUGAUGCCAUCAUGAUCGUUCGCCGAGCCAUCAAGAACGACUCAGUCGUCGCAGGUGGAGGAGCUGUGGAAAUGGAGCUGUCCAAGUACCUGCGGGAUUAUUCCCGAACCAUUCCUGGGAAGCAACAGCUGCUGAUUGGAGCGUACGCCAAAGCCCUGGAGAUCAUCCCCAGGCAGCUGUGCGACAACGCUGGCUUUGAUGCCACCAACAUCCUGAACAAGCUGCGGGCCAAGCAUGCCCAGGGUGGGAUGUGGUAUGGUGUGGAUGUCAACAACGAGGACAUCGCUGAUAACUUUGCUGCAUGUGUCUGGGAGCCAUCUAUAGUGCGCAUCAACGCUCUGACGGCAGCGUCAGAAGCUGCCUGCCUCAUCCUCUCAGUGGAUGAGACCAUCAAGAACCCACGCAGCUCUGUUGAUGGACCUCCAGGGGGCAUGGGCCGAGGUAGAGGCCGUGGACGACCACACGCCCACUAAAGUUGUAAACUGGUUUCGUUGAACAGGCUUGGCUUCGGAGGGUGGGAACCAUGAUGGGUCAAUAAAGUUAAGUUGCUCCUCAUACCGGAUUUGUGAGCAGUUUUAUAACCAGUUUCUUUCCUGUAGCAGUUUCUCCUGUUAUGACAUCACUUCCUGCAGUGUUUGAGACACUCGUUUGGGUUGGGACGGUCACUGUUAGAGGAGAAGCGUCUCCCCCGUGUGGUUAGGUAGAUGAAAAGAAAAGCACUGAACUUGUCAUGGUCCUGGUGGAUCCAGCAUAAUUUAUGGAAACAUUCUACAAUAAACCAACAGCUGACAU